AUGCUGUUGAAAACUUUUUUCACUCCUGGGAGACCUGUAGGUAAAGACCAAAAAGCCUGGCGAUGGUUCGUUUACGUGUUUGUGCUUCUUGGGCUUCUAUUAGACAACCUCAAUGUUUCUGGGGCCCUCAAUACUGGAAAAUCUCUUGAAGAAGAAUUUAACGUCUCUUCUUCUACUGCCUCUUGGGCAUUAUCGGCGUACGCCCUCACUUUAGGGUCGUUCAUCAUCUUGUUUGGUAAAAUGGGGGAUAUCAUCGGAGUUCAUCUCAUGUACUUGGGAGGCCUUUUCAUCAUGAUGGUGUUUUCAGUGUUGGUCGCCAGCGUUAAAAGUAGUAUCAUCGCCGUGAUUAUCUUCAGAGCUUUCCAAGGGAUUGGUGGGGCAGCGUUAAUUCCUAGUUCUUAUGCCAUCACCGGUAAUUAUUUCAAAGGGAAAGAUUUCUACACCGCGUUGACGGUGUUCUCCAUCUUCUUGGUCUGUAGUUUUGGGAUUGGUUUAAUUCUUGGUGGGGCACUAGGAUUCAGCCAUUUCUUUUACUUUUCCUUUGCUGUGGCUGCGGUAUGUUUUAUCGUGCUAUGGUUCAUCAUCAUUCCUGUGGAAAGAACCGCGGCCCACGACAAGUUGAAGUUGAAAAAUUUGGAUUUCCCAGUGGGCGCGAUGCUUGUGGUGGGAUUGUUGUUGAUUAUCUUUGGGUUAACCGAGGCCGCAAACACAUGGAACUCUCCUAAAGUUUAUGUGACCAUCCCCAUUGGGUUUUGCUUAUUGGUGGCGAUUUUCCUUUUUGAAAACGUUUAUUUGCGAACCUACCAGAAAAACCACCAAGCCAACUACCAUCAAUCGGACGACCAUGAUGAAAAAGGCAGCAAAGAAUCACCAAUUGAACAACAUACUUACGAUUCUGAUGAUCCAAUAAACAACAAGAAAUCUUGGAGAAUGAACGUCGAUUUAUUAUUUCCUAUUGAAAUCUUCCAAUUGAAGAAUUGUUUGCCAUUGUUCUUCAGUUUGUUCUUGUAUUAUGCCUCUUUCAUUGUUUACAUGACCAGUUUGCUUCAAUACUACGAGUACCUCCACGGUGAUUCUGCAUUACUUGCUGGGGUCAAACUUUUACCCUUAACCAUUGGGUUGGUGGUUAGUUCGAUCACGGUUACUCCAGGAUAUGUCUCCUUCAUUGGGUAUAAGCGCAGUCUUAUUCUUUCUGGUACUCUUUCUCUUGGGGCGGCGAUUUGGAUUAACCGUUCCGAUUAUACCGUGGUCAACGACUAUUGGAAAUUCAAUGCGGUGCCGCUUUUCUUGUCUGGGUUUGGGGUCAACUCUUUUUUCAAAGUGUAUCUCAGUUCGAUCAUGUUACAAACCGAGCCUCAUUUGCAUGGUCUUGUCACCGGGAUUUUCCAAACCGGGGCCCAAAUUGGGGUGAGUAUUGCUAAUUCCAUUGCUUCUACGAUGAUUGGUAACAUUGCCGUUCAAUUGGCAAAAGAAGAUUAUAAACCAUUGUUGUUCCAUAAGUUUAGAAAUGUUUUGUACUUGAAUUUGGCGAUCAAUAGUACGGUUUUCUUAUUGAUGUUUACCAUCAAAGAGGCUAAACCUGAGGAGGUUGAACAAGAACAACCUGCAACCGAUAAUCAAGUUUGA